AUGAACAUGGGAGUACUAAAAUGCACAAGAGGGGUUGAUUCUGAUGAUAAGAUUGAAGGACAAUUUGUUGGUGUUUUGUGUAAUGAAAAUGGGAAAAAUCGCAGCGAGAAUUAUGUCAUGUUUAGCGCGAUCUUUGCCUCUCUAAUUUCUGUGCUUCUUGGAUAUGAUAUUGGAGUUAUGACUGGAGCAAUUUUGUUUAUCAAGGAGAAUUUGAAGAUUUCAGAGUUUCAAGAAGAAGUUCUUGUUGGAAUCUUGAGCAUAGUUUCUCUAGUAGGGAGUCUAGCAGGUGGUAAAACAUCAGAUGCCAUGGGUAGAAAGUGGACUAUGGCAUUCGCCACCAUUGUCUUCCAGAUUGGUGUUGCCGUUAUGGCUCUAGCUCCCUCGUUUCUUAUCCUAAUGCUGGGAAGGAUAAUGGCUGGAAUCGGAAUAGGCAUUGGCGUGAUGAUCACACCGACAUACAUUGCUGAGAUAUCACCAGCUAGUGCAAGAGGAACAUUGACCUCUUUCCCUGAGAUUUUCAUUAACCUUGGAAUCCUGCUUGGUUACAUUUCAAACUAUGCAUUCUCAGGAUUCCCUGAAGACAAGAACUGGAGGAUCAUGCUUGCUGUUGGGAUUGUCCCAUCAAUUUUUAUCGGUUUUGCACUGCUUGUCAUCCCUGAAUCACCGAGGUGGUUGGUAAUGCAAAACAAGAUGAGUCAAGCAAAGUUGGUGCUUGUUAAAACAAACAAAAGUUCAGAAGAAGCGGAGAAAAGGUUGGCAGAAAUACAAGUAGCUGCAGGGCUUACCAGUACAGAAAAAUAUGAUGGAACUAUGGUAUGGCGUGAACUACUGCACCCAUCACCUGGAGUUAAAAGGAUGCUUAUUACAGGUUGUGGAAUUCAGAUUCUCCAACAAAUCACUGGCAUUGAUGCAACUGUUUAUUAUAGCCCGACAAUCUUCAAAGAUGCUGGGAUCAAUAGCAAUGAGGCGCUUCUGGCUGCAACAGUCGCUGUUGGAUUUAGCAAAACGAUAUUCAUUCUAACAGCUAUUUUCCUAAUCGACAAAGUAGGAAGAAAACCACUUCUUUAUGUGAGUACGAUAGGAAUGACUGCCUGUUUGUUCAUUUUAGGCUUUGCUCUUUGUAUGCCGGGGGAUGAUCCAGUUCGCCUAAAUUUGGCUAUCUUUUGCGCAUGCGGAAAUGUAGCUUUCUUUUCUGUGGGAAUUGGUCCAAUUUGUUGGGUUCUAACAUCUGAAAUUUUUCCUCUAAGACUUCGAGCUCAGGCAUCUGCAAUUGUGGCAGUGGCGAAUAGAGUCAGUAGCGGUCUGGUGGCGAUGUCUUUCCUCACGGUCUCUCGCGCCAUUACCGUUGGAGGAACAUUUUUCAUCUUUGCAGCAAUUUCAUGUCUAUCUGUCAUUUUUAUUCACAAGUAUGUUCCAGAAACAAAGGGGAAGUCCCUUGAACAGAUUGAAAUGCUUUUCCACUAUGACAAACACUCGAAAGGAUUUGAAGUAGAGCGCGGAGAUGUUGAUCUUCUAACGCAGAAUCCAUGA